UAUAUCCCAAAUGCAGCACCUGGCCCUCGUUUCUCUGCCUUGGGUCUGUCGCCAGUGCGGCGGCUGUCACCGCCAAACGGUGGCGAACUUUUCAGAUCAUUCGAGUGUGUCGCGUGAAGAUCGAAAUCAAUCGUGAAAAACCUCCAAACAAAAAGCUACGGAGAACCGUUUCAGAGGAGGGAUAUGAGUGGCGAGAGAACCCCGAGGAGCAGCAGCCCGGGUUCACGGGUUCCCCGAGGAGCGAGUGUAGUGCUUGGGUUCUUCCGCGUUUGCUUCUUCCUGGGGUUCUGGGUGAGAAUGACUAGAGCUCAGCAAUCUUCCACUCAAUCAGAUACGAGAGGUCUGCUGUGCUACGUGUGCGAGCCGAAGAACGUGGCUGACGUCAUCAGCGAGCCCACGGUGCGAAUGCAGUUCCCAAAGUUCGAGGACAUUCAAGACUGCGCCCAUUUCAACUCUUCCGACUACUACAUCAAAGAAUGCCCCAGGGAUUUCUCUUCCGCCUGCUACAAGGCUUCCGUUGGUCAGUGCAGUAUUUCAGUGCAGUUGGUACCACGGAAACGACUGGAGAAUGUGCGGGUCGCAGGAACUGGAACACCCACGCGGGAAAUGCCACAAGGUCAGGGACAUUCUGCUCUGUGCCUGCCAAAACGAGCUCUGCAACUCAUCAAACAUGGCGCAGCCAAGUCUCACCCUCCUCUUGUUCAUCCUGCUCAGCAUAUUUUGCAUUUGAUAUUCCCCACGCAAAAUAUACAGUCCUCCAUUCCGGGGACAUUUAUCGAGACUUACUUCAAUUUUUGCCAACAAAUGGACUUUCAUCCACAGAAACAAAAACAAAAAAAGAAGAGUUUUGAUAUGAUCACGACCAAAUAUUGUAUAGAAAAAGGCGAGUUACUUUUUCUCACGUCGACGCCAGUCAUCCGCAAAUCUGUGAUUUUUCUUUGCCAUUCUGCACAGGUGUCGCCUGAAAACUUAAUACCGUUUACUUGAAAUAAGACACAUUGGGUUGCGUUUCUUGAGUUGUUGUAUUCCGAACUUGCCUUAUGAAGUAAAGUCAUGUUCAGUUCAGUGGAUCAGCCAGUCAUGUUGAUUCAGGUUAGAUUUUUUUUCAGAGCAACCCAGCAAGUGACAUCUGCUUGACACCCU